UGUGUCCGCAGGCAGGUGAACCUGAGCCGGGCCCGCUCCGCACCAUGACCGUCACCCGGCUGGACCAGGGGCAGCGCCACCGGCCCAGGAUGGCCUUCCUGAAGAAGAUCGAAGCUCUUAUGAUGGAGAUGCAGAACCCAGACACAGGCAUCAAGACGCAGACGCAGAAGGUGAUGGUCAACGACAUCCCACAUGCUGUGGCAGGUAAUGACAUAUGGCAGUGGAUUCUGCAGCGCUUGCAGGUCACGCAGGAAGAGGCACUCCACCUGGGGGACCUGUUUGUCAAAUAUGGAUACAUCUACCCUCUUCAGGAGCCAAAGAACCUCACCCUUAAGGCAGAUGGAAGCCUCUACAGGUUUCAGACCCCUUAUUUCUGGCCUGCACAGAAGUGGCCUGCAGAUGACACAGACUAUGCAAUUUACCUGGCAAAGAAGAACAUUAAGAGGAAAGGUGUUCUAGAAGAAUAUGAAAAGGAACAUUACAACAUGCUCAACCAGAAAAUAAACUACAAGUGGGAUUUUGUCAUCAUGCAGGCCAAAGAGCAGUAUAAGGCAGGGAAGGAGCGGAAGAAGGUGGACAGAUACGCUCUGGACUGCCAGGAGAGAGCCUACUGGCUUGUGAACCGAACUCCUCCCGGCAUGCUGGAUGUCCUGGAGUACGGAUUGGACCGUGUGACAGAUCCCAAUGAAAACAAGAAAAAAACCCUGGAUGUCUAUAGGAGAGAGAUCAUGUACUAUCAGCAGGCCAUCAUGAAGACCAGAGUGAAAUCUUCCGUCUCUCUUGGAGGGCUUGUGAAGUACUCGGAGCAGUUCCUCUCCAAUGAUCCCAUCCUGUCUGGGUGUCUCCCCAGCAACCCCUGGAUAACAGAUGACCCUGAGUUCUGGGAUCUCAAUGCAAAGCUGGUGGAAAUCCCCACCAGGAUGCGCGUGGAGCGCUGGGCCUUCAAUUUCAGUGAGCUGAUGCGGGACCCCAAAGGUCGGCAGAACUUCCAGCUCUUCCUCAAGAAGGAAUUCAGCGGAGAGAAUCUGGGUUUCUGGGAAGCCUGUGAGGAUCUCAAGUACGGAGACCAAUCCAAGGUCAAAGAGAAAGCAGAAGAGAUUUACAAGCUCUUUCUGGCUCCAGGAGCAAGGCGCUGGAUUAACAUUGAUGGCACAACAAUGGGCAUCACUGUCAAAGGCCUCAAGCACCCUCAUCGUUAUGUUUUGGAUGCUGCUCAGACCCACAUUUACAUGCUGAUGAAAAAGGACUCCUAUGGCCGCUAUUUAAAGUCUCCAAUAUACAAGGAAAUGCUGGCCAAGGCUGUUGUGCCACAACAGACUGUCAAAAAAAGCUCCCCUUUCCUGUUCGGGCGCCGCACGCUCCGCUCCAGCCCCAGCCCCAUCAUCCUCAGGCAGCGGGAGGAAGAGGCCAAAGCCAGAGAAGCUGCCACGACCGUGGACAUCACGCAGCCACACCGCCAUGCCUCCUGCUCCCCUCACCCAGCCGUCUACACCGGCACCAUCACCCCACCAUCCCCGGGCAGCCGGCCCCAUAGCCCACAGGUGCUGCCCCACAGCACCGCGGCCUUAGGCAGCGCUGAGGGGUCCAGCCCCAGCCCCUGCCCCUUCCCCUCAGGCGCAGGGAGACCCCGUGCGGCCGCCAUGUCCUUGGGCCGGCUGCUGAGGCGCGGCCGCUGGAGCUCUCCUGCCCUCACCACAGUGUCCCCCGAGGCCUCGGCUGUGUCCCAUGGGAAGGAGCAGCCUCUGGGCAGGCGGGAGCGGCGGCUCCGGAUGGACACCAGGGCUGUGAGCAGCUUCUUCCAGGUAAGAAGGGGUGCGCCUUUAGAGAGCCACAUCCACCCCAUAGACUGCGAGCAGGGAGAGGACAAGCACGCCCGGGCUCUGAGGGGCUCUGUGAAGGAGGUGAUCUGCCCUUGGGAAUGCCCCAUGGAAGGGGGGAGAGCCGGGUAAUGCACUGCCCAGACAGGUACACUCUUUCCAGGCCUGGGACCACAAGGUAUGGCUCAGUGUAUGAGCUGUGCAAAUGAAGAAGGGCAUUAAAGCCAUCCCUCAACAUCAUGGAAGCUCAGACUACCACAGUUAUGGAUAACGGACCCUGGUGCGCCCAUCUGUAACUCAACAAUGCGAAGCGUUUCUGGACUGGUUUUCUUUCCUAUCUUUGCUAUAUUCAGAUUAUUUGUUACAAACCUCUUGAUAAAUGAACCUCAUUUCUUGCCUUUUAGCAGCUGGAGAAUGUAUGUAUAUCUAUAUCCUGGGAAAUGGUGUCUUAUCUGAGUUACUUGCUUGGCCAUGAGGUGUCAGCACACUGUACACAGCACAGCUGGAGCAGAGCUUGCAGGCAUUCCUCAGAGGACUCAGACUGCAGUGUCAAGAUGGGGGCAUGUUUGUGUCCCCAGCUUGGGUCCACCUCUUACUAUUAAUAAUGCUUUUGUAAUCUCAAAGCAAGUUCAUUAAGAGGCAGCUUAUUGCUGGGGAUAUUACAGUGAAAGCAGCUGUGCCCUGAAUGGUAUUCCUUAAUGCAAACCAAAAACGAUCCCAAAGAGCAAGCGGUGCAGGAGAGCAAAGGCUCUGGAGCGCUUCUGCGUUAGCUCCAGCUUCCAUUCUGUGGCCUCUCGGUGCCAGGAUGGGGUUUGGAGCCAUUACCUGAACACCUGGGAAAAUCCAAACCAAAUCCGUGUUGGUGUUUUGGGCCUCUCCAAUGCAGGAUGAUGCAGUGCCAGUCUUUACCUGUGUUGUUAUCAAGAAUGUUAGACCGCUGCUUCCCUUAUGUCAUGUCAGUGUUUGAAGAUGGGGUUUUGUCCAAGCAUGGAAGUGUUUCCUGUGUGUGAUGUGGGUCAUUACUCUGUAGAUUCAUGUGGCCUGUGACUUCUGGUGUUGCUGUUUGGUGCUUUCUAACUGUAAUGGAUCUUUGCUUGUGUGGCUGAUGAGGUUCAUCAUGCUGACUUCUGCUGUGGGACUUCAAGUCUCUCCUCACGUGUGGUGAGUGGUCAGGACUGGGAUAACGCUUCUGAUCACAGGGCAGUUUCUGUUUCCAAAGACCCUUUCCCAGAGGAUCAGAAAGGUAUAGCACCCCAACCUGCACUGCCCAAGAAUGUUCUCAUGUCUGAAUGUGUGUUUGCUCUUGCUGGCUUUGCUUGGUUGGAAGGAUUUGGUUCUGCUCUGGCAGUCAUUAGAGGUGGUCACCUUUUACUAAGGAGAGACAAAUGUGGUGUCUUCUGUGACUGUUUCUGUUAACAUUGCUCCUCUGACACUCCUGACAGGACACUGGUCAUGGAUA